AUGGGUGCUGUCCGCCGUCUGUUGGGGGCUCGAGCGAAGACGGACCCUCCGAGUUGCCCUGGGCGGGAUGGCCCGACGAUUUCGGGGUGCGCCAAACUUCAGGUAGACAAGCUGACGGCGGCGUCUGCCAAGCAGAGGGCAGUCGGUUCGACGAGCAUGGAUCUAGACAUGAGGGAGUUGGCCAUCAACACAGCCAAAAGCGAGGUCGGCCUCUACGGGUCCCGCAGGAGCAUCCAGGGCGCCAUGUGUCAGGUGGCAGUCGUGGCUGCGGUUCGCCCGAAUUUCGAGCCGAUCAAGAAAGGCGGCGGCGCCCAGCCUUCGUGCCUGGGCCGAACUGCUCAACUCCGCAAGCAGCAGGGGCGGAUGCUGACCCUCGAGCUCAGGCCGACAGCGAGGUGA